GCUUCUCUUCCAUCACUUGCCACUGCUCAAGGUCAGCUCAAAGGCGGCUCUUGCUUCUGAAUUUGGGCACGGCUGAUAGGAUCAGAAAGCUUGAGCCAAGAUGGCGCUGCAGAACAUUGGCGCUUCGAACAAGGAUGACGCCUUCUAUAGGUACAAGAUGCCCAAAAUGUUAACCAAAAUAGAAGGCCAUGGUAAUGGCAUCAAGACAAAAAUCGUGAACAUGGUUGGCAUAGCAAAAGCGCUUGCCAGGCCUGCUUCCUACACAAUGAAGUACUUUGGCUGUGAGCUUGGGGCACAGUCUAAAUUUGAUGACAAGACAGGGGUUUGCAUAGUCAAUGGUGCCCAUGACACUGCAAAGCUGGCCGGUCUUCUUGAGAACUUCAUCAACAAGUAUGUUCAGUGUUAUAAGUGUGGCAACCCUGAAACAGAGGUUGUCAUCUCCAAGAAACAGACGCUAUCUCUGAAAUGUGCUGCAUGUGGCUUCAUCUCGGAUGUUGACAUGGACAAGGUCGCUACAUUCAUCAUGAACAACCCGCCAGAACUGAAGAAGGGAGGCAAGGACAAGAAAGCUAUGAGAAGAGCUGAGAAGGAGCGGCUCAAGGAAGGUGAGGCUGCUGAUGAGGAGAUGAAGAAACUCAGGAAGGAUGGGAAGAAGAAAGGUGCUGCAUCCAAGGACAGCACUGCAAAAGGUGUUGCUGCAAAGAAAAAUGCUACUGCUGGUGGUUCUGAUGAAGAACAUGCAACCUCGUCAACUUAUAGUCAAGCUGCGGACUUUGCAGCUGCUGCAGACGACGACUACGACGACGACGAUGAUGACGGUGUGGAGUGGCAGACUGACACGUCAGCAGAGGCUGCGAGAAAGCGCAUGGAGGAGCAGCUGAGUGCGGCAACUGCCGAGAUGGUUAUGCUUGCCACCGAAGAGACAGAAAAGAAGAAGAAGCAUGCCAAAAUGACUCCAUAUGAUGAACUGGUCGAGGAGAUCAAGGCCAACGUGGGCAACGCUGCCACUGCAGCUCAGAUCAAGGCAGUGCUGUCCUCCUCAACCCUCCCCGCCGCCAAGGACGCUAUGGGCGCCCUCUUUGAGGCGCUCUUCCGCGGCGCAGGCAAGGGGUUUGCAAAGGAUGUCAAGAAGAACAAUGACUACCUUGCUGCUGCCGUGCCUGACGAAGGAGCCCAGAUGCUGCUGCUCCAGGCCAUCGAGGCGUUCUGCGGCAGGUGCAGCGCCGAGGCCCUGAAGGAGGUGCCGGUAGUCCUGAAAUGCCUGUAUGAUGACGACGUCCUGGAGGAAGAAGCCAUUGUCCAGUGGUACGAUGAAGCUGUUGCUGCCGGCAAGGCCUCCCAGGUUGUGAAGAAUGCCAGGCCGUUUGUGGAGUGGCUCCAGGUCGCCGAACCGGACGAGGAGUGA